CGGAAGAGAUGAAUGAAUUAAAGCGUGAAUUGAGACAUUUAAAGGCUAUUGAUCAACAGCAUGAAAGGGAAUCACGCGAAGCAUACCAAUUAUUGUCUCAACAAAAAACUUCUGAAUCGGUAAUUAAUGUCUUUUGA